AAGCUGUGACAGUACAUGAUAGGUAUCUUCAUGAUCCUGCUCUAUUCGUACCGAGUAGAUCUGUGGGUCUCCGAUCCCAAGGGUCCCCACACCAUCCUACUCACCUGUCUCUUCUUCGCACUCAACUUCCUGGCGGCCACGCAGGACAUAGCGGUCGAUGGCUGGGCUCUCACCAUGCUCAAGAGGGAGAACGUGGGCUUGGCGUCAACAUGUAACAGUGUGGGCCAGACAGCUGGAUACUUCCUGGGAUAUGUUGUAUUCAUCGCCCUGGAGUCAGCAGACUUCUGUAACACGUACCUGCGCACAGAGCACCAGCCAGAGGGUGUCGUCACCUUACCCAAUUUCCUCUACUACAUGGGUGGAAUAUUUCUGUUGUCGACGACGUUGGUGGCUCUGUUCAAGAGAGAAGCACCGGACGAAGAUAACGGCGAGCAAGACAAGGAUAUCAAAGGGACGUACCAGCAGCUGCUGCGUAUAGUGAGGCUGCCGGCCGUCCGCACCUUGGCUCUCAUCCUACUCACGUGCAAGGUCAGCUUUUGUGCCUGUGAUGCCAUAGCAGGACUGAAGUUGGUGGAGGCCGGGGUGCCCAGGGAGCAGUUUGCAAUGGUUGCUCUCUUCCUAAUACCACUGCAGGUAUCUCUACCCUUGCUACUCACCAGGUAUCUGGUCAGUGAUGCUCCCAUGGACGUGUACACCAAAGCAAUCCCUUAUAGACUGGCGUUCAACUUGUUAGCGGCUGCGUUUGUGUGGUUGACUCCCCAUUUGAUAACCAAGGACCAUAUUCCUUUCCACUACUACGUUCUACUGAUCUUACUAUACGGUCUUCACCAGAUAACGCUGUACUCAAUGUUCGUCUCCCAGUUGUCAUUUUUCGCCCGGAUCAGUGAUCCCAACAUGGGUGGCACAUACAUGACUCUGCUUAACACGCUGGCUAACCUGGGCACAUCUUGGCCCAACUCUCUCAUUCUCCUCUUUGUUGAUGGGUUCUCAUCCAGCUACUGUUCCAAUGAUCCUGACAACAACUGUUCCUGUGCCUCGCUCAUAGAGCAAUGCACCACCGGCGCAGGCGAGUGUGUCAAGUGGCUGGAUGGCUUCUACGUCCUGAUAGUCCUGUGCACACUGUACGGCGUGGUGUGGAUGCGCUGGGGCCGCCACACUGUCCACGAGCUACAGCGGAGAGGUGAUCAUCACUGGAAGCUCUCACUGCACAAGAGAUAGCAGUUGGCCUGUGUGUGACUUUCGUGUGAAGGGGUCAAACGGUAGCAAAAUAUUGAGUUAAAUAUUACAAACCAUGGUUUUAUUUAUGACUGUGAGUUUAUCUAUUUGUUCAGAUUGAAUAAUUUGUUAUAUUUUUUAAGAAACUAACAAAAUGCAUAAAGUAAGUUCUUUUCUGUUCGAGAUUAGACACGAUAUUACAGUAUAGCACAACAUAUUUGUAUGAAUUUGAGAAUAGCUCACUUUUCCCCUUAGAACAGUUUGGGGUUUAAAAGUAAUAACACAGAUUCCAAUAAUUGUUUAAAGAAGAUGUUUUUAUAUUUCAAAAAGUUAUUUUUUAUUCUUUUUCUAUAAUUGGAUAUUCUAAAAUAAUUAUAAAUGUCUACAAGACAUCCUAAAGAUUUAUUAUCCCAUUUAUUCCAAAAAAGCUUUACAAAACUAAUACUAAUUUUCCUGCAUCUAAAUUUAAAACGUUUGUUUCAAGACAUUAAACUAAUAAGAAGGGCUCUCUCUCUCUCUUAGACAUAACCUCAAAGGUUAAGCGAUCCAACUUUCUGGGUUGUUAUUUUCAAAAUUGAACGGUUUAUUUAACUUAUCAAAAUAUUUAUUGUUUAUAAAAGUGUUUUUACUGUUUAAAUCAUUAGCAUGUGUCUAAUUGGAUGCUAACAAACUUAUUUGAAUUGUUAUACUUUAUUAGAAGUAGCGUUAAUUGCAUUUUAGUUGGCUUUAUCCAAUUCUUAUUUUAGUUCUUUUGAUUUUUUAAAGAACUGUUACUUAUGGACUAAGCAAUAUGGAAUAUUUUGCUACCAUUUGGAAUUCUGUUUUUAGAAUGGUACAUUAGUUAUUGUGGUCCAAAAUCCAAUGUUUGUACCUCGAAUACAUUGAGUGUAAAUAAGAGACUAUAAUAUAUAUACAAAGUUAUAUUUUUCUUAGUUUUGUCUACAUAAUUUUAUUUUUAGUUGUACACUAGUUGUUUUACUGCUUAUUUAGUGGAAGCAACGGCUGUGGUUCUAAGAGUAUUUUGUAAUUUGUUUUAGUUGUUUAUUGAUGUGUUCUUUUUGAUGAACUCUGUGCAAUUGUUAAUGCUGUUUGUUUAAAGUCCAUUGGAUAUA